AUGAGAGCAACUGAAUGCGACAACAUGCUAAUGUUGUUGGCGGUCAGCACCAAUAUGACGGAGAAGGAACGCAAUGUUGUUAGACCGCCUAUUAUGAGAAGAUUUGAGGAUUCUGCCUUUGAAGCUGGCACUCUUGUCGUUGGAGGCCAAAGCGUAGUCGAUCCGUGGUGCACAAUUGGCGGAGUGGUCACAAAUAUUUGGUAGCAGAACGAAUCUAUCGUAUCGGACAACGCUGUUGUUGAUGUACUGGUGCUAUCCAAGUGUCAACAAAUAUCAACCCUGCUUGGAACACAAGUAGCGGUUAACGCUCAUUAGUGGCUAGAUCAGUCAGAACGCUGGAAUCGCAUCAAACUGUUUGUUUUAGAGGAGGAUGUUCGCAAGGCAUAUCAUCGAGCGAUGGCUCGAUUGAAACGUAUCGCCGCGCAGCUGAUGCAUAAAUACAAGCAUCGAAAGAAUGAAGUUUACUUCGUGAUCCAUAAUCUACCGGUAAUCGCCAAGGUGGCUGCUGUUGCCAAAGCCUGUGGAAAUAUGUUCCAGCUCUUACAAGACCAUUAUGCAGAAACUUCCGGUAGACUUCUGAUCUGUUUGCCGCGCAAAUAUGCUACUGCAUACUGUAAAGACAUUGGAAAACAAGAGGGAUGUCAGGCAUGGAUUACAGGUACCUUUAAGAAAGGUAACCGCACCGUACGAAUCAUCGAUAAGACACGAGUAAUCAAAGUGAUCGGCUGA